UACGCAGGCGAACCGGGUUCUUUUUUUCUUGUGGCGUCAGUAGUUCUCAAAGCGAGAUAAGCAUGGAAGAAGAUUUUGAGACUGGCGAAUCUGGGGCAUCUGCCACAUUCCCUAUGCAGGCCUCUUCCCUGAGGAAGAAUGGCUUUGUCAUGCUUAAAGGGCAUCCCUGUAAGAUUGUUGACAUGUCUACCUCCAAGACUGGCAAACACGGCCAUGCCAAGGUCCAUCUUGUUGGAAUUGACAUUUUCACUGGCAAGAAGUAUGAAGAUCUUUGUCCAUCUACUCAUAACAUGAACGUUCCCGAUGUGAAGAGGAAGGAAUACCAGGUCCUCUGUAUAAACGAUGAUUUUUUGAGCCUGAUGGAUGAAGCUGCCGAUACCAGAGAUGACCUUCGAUUGCCCGAAGGCGAUUUGGGCAAAGAAAUUGAGAAGAAAAUGCAGAAUGGGGAAGAGUUUUUUGUCACAGUGUUACAGGCUCUCGGUGAAGAGCAGGUGAUGAGCACUAAGGCAGCGACCUCCAACAAUUAAGCCGAGCUCUCCUUUUGCUGCCUGCGCUCGCUACACAUUUCUGCUUUGAGUGUCUCCGUGGUGCUGGAUUGAGGUAGCCCCCCCCCCCCUCCCUUUUUUUUUUGGGGAAACCCUGCUAUUUGGGCUCCAGUGACUGCAGUCACUGAAACUAGCAGAACAUUUCGCCCAAAUGUUGGGCUUUUAUUAUUUCAUAAAAGAAAGUUCAAUGUAAUAAAAUAAUAGGCUUUCUUUUUUUGGGGAAUAUUGAAACCUGUCUAAGUAAUAAUUUAGAAGUUAGACAUCGUGGCAAACAAACAAACGCUUCGCGAGGUCAUGCAACACAGUCAACGAAAUAAUAAUAAUUAUUUUUUUCAUCAUCUUAGGUAGUGGGUGGAGGGAAAGUGCUAAGUCUGUUUUGUAUGUAGAAUAGUUUUGGGGUGAGUGCUUCGUCAGAUGUCCAUAUUACUGUUGAACUGUUGUCGCGGUGGAUUAUCUGAUCUUGGCCGAAUGUUUACGUUUCUAAGCCAGAACCGAUGGGGAGAAUGUCUUGCAAUCGUUUCUCCACCAACUGCAAAUAUUCUCAACGUCUCCUCUUAUGUUGCGUGUCAAAUACUAUUUUAAAGUAAAAAAAAAAAAAAGUUUUGUUUAGGUUUUUAAAUGUAAUCAGCAUAUCUGCAGUGUACUAUUUAAUGGUUCAAGUC